CGGCUCGGCGGCGGCUCGGCGGGAGCGAGGGCGGGAGCGGCCGAGACCAUGGCUGGAGGCAAAGCCGGAAAGGACAGCGGGAAGGCCAAGGCUAAGGCAGUGUCUCGCUCGCAGAGAGCUGGGCUCCAGUUUCCCGUGGGCCGCAUCCACAGACACUUGAAGACCCGCACCACGAGCCACGGGAGGGUCGGCGCCACGGCCGCGGUGUACAGCGCCGCGAUCCUGGAGUACCUCACGGCCGAGGCGGUUUCUACGGUGUUAGGUCCUGAGACAGGGACACGGGGCCUCCCCCCACCCCACCUUCUCCUUCAGCCUUACACCAGUUUGUGUUUGGUGAGCAGCAGACUUUUCAGGAAGGUGCUGGAGCUGGCGGGUAACGCCUCCAAGGACCUCAAGGUAAAGCGGAUCACCCCGCGCCACCUGCAGCUCGCAAUCCGCGGCGAUGAAGAGUUGGACUCCCUCAUCAAGGCAACCAUCGCUGGGGGUGGUGUGAUCCCGCACAUCCACAAGUCUCUGAUCGGAAAGAAGGGACAGCAGAAAACCGCGUAGAGCAUUGUUUUAACCAGCCCCUUCCUCCCGUCAUUGUACUGUAACCGAGACAGAAGAAAUAAUGGGGACAUGGGGGGUUUUUAAAAGAGGCAGAUGGAAAAGCUUAGACAAUUACUGUAGACACGAUAAGAGACAUUUGUACGUUCUUAGGCUCAAAGUUUGAUAAAGUACCUUUCCAAGCGGCAGCGCUUGUGUGGUGAUUGGCUAGGUUUCUCCCGUUGUGUUUUAUACAAAAACGGAAUUGAUAAACCAUUUUUUACAAAAAGAA